GUAACGUUUUGGUUGCUACUCACAAUUGGGAACCUGUUAGCCUUGGCCGUACCCAUAACUAUCCUAUUCAUUUAUCUCUUCUCAAGAAAGAGAUCACAAUACGGUUCCCGAGAACAAGUGCUUUUGCUAUCCCUGGAUUCCUUUCAUUUGGUAGCUGCACUAGUGCUAGGGAUUUGUACAGUAAUGCUCAUAUGGAACAAUGACAACCUUGCUUCAAUAGGGCUCCAAGAUUACAGUCUCCAAGAACGAAUGGAAGAGCAUACGAGAAAGUUCAUGUGCCUUGUCAACAAAAGUUUUGCUUCUGCAGUAUCUUCCCAUCUUCCAGACUCGAAUUUAUCGAGAACUAUUUUGAAGAAAGCUUUGAUGAAUACUUUGAUCCAGAAUAGCGAUUAUAAUGCAUAUAGCAGAAACGUCAGGAGAAAAGAUACUUUGUUAGGACUUGUGGCUAGAACCAAACUCAAAACUGCUGAUCCAGACCCAGAUGAAUUACAGGAGGUAAAUUGUGCAUUUAUCCUUUCGUCCUUUCACUUCGCUGAAGACAAUGAAGUAAGCAAGGCUGAAUUUAUACUUAGGGUACCUACCUUCGAUGGAUCACAAACAAACCAGAUAUCCAAGACUAAGAACUUAUUGCUCUCAGGAAAAUCAAAAACUAGUCUCGAAAGAGUUCCCCAUCCUCCACCAGGCUAA